UCAUGAAACGCCAGGCUGCUUCACAAACACUCACACGAGCAGGAAUCCUCCUCUCUGCUGCAACUUACUUUGAUUUUUUUUUGGUACAGCAUCCUGAUGCUUUAAGUUUAUCCACAUCUUUGUGUUUUUAUAAUAUAGCCUACCAAGUAUCUUUGCUGUGUGUAUAUAACGUUUUUUUACCCACUGAUAUUCGACAGAUUAUUUGAUGGACACUGUAGAAUGGAGUUUAUGCUUUUUUGAGCCAAAGUGUGGUGGUCAAAGCACCUAGUGCUGUAGGAAACAUCUUAUCUUCAAGAAACCGACUCAUUCUCAUUCAGAGUAAGAAAAAAGACUGAAAGGAUGCUGACCGUUACGCGGAGUCGGUGCUGUUGGAUGUUGACGCUGAUCAUCGCGGUAGUGCGGAUGGGAGAAACUCAAGGGACCGAGAGCGAAGCCCAGGUGAACUCCAUCAAAUCACUGGAGUCCCAGAUCGCCGCCACUAACCGCUCCAGCGCUUCACAUAGCGGCAUCCCGAAGAAAAGCAACGUCCCCGCUCAGGGCUAUCCAUGCAGCACUGACAAAGAGUGCACGGUGGGAACUUACUGCCACAGCCCUCAACACGCCCCGUCCCGCUGCAUCACCUGCCGCCGGAGAAAGAAGCGCUGCCAUAGAGACGGCAUGUGCUGCCCUGGAAACCACUGCAGCAACUAUAUUUGCAUCCCCAUCUCAGAGAGCAGCCUGUCAUCGCACAAAUCACCUAUGGAGGAGCACAACACGCUUUCUAUCAAUGAAAAAGGCUGGAGGAAGAAUAGCAAACCUCAGGCCAAGAUCUCUCUCAAAGGUCACGAGGGCGACCCUUGCCUGCGCUCGUCCGACUGCUCGGAGGGCUACUGCUGCGCUCGCCACUUCUGGACGAAAAUCUGCAAGCCUGUGCUGCGGCAGGGCGAAGUUUGCACCAAGCAGCGCAAGAAAGGCUCCCACAGCCUGGAGAUCUUCCAGCGCUGUGACUGCGCCAAAGGACUUGCCUGCAAGGUGUGGAAAGACGCCACCUCCUUCUCCAGGUCCAGGCUGCACGUGUGCCAAAGGAUCUGAGACGGGAGGCCCCUGCAAAACAAGCCGCACCUUGGGGCCACUGCGUCCCUCUGGGAGAGGAGUGGGCGAGGACUCCUUUCUCCAGGACUUACUCAGCUGUGAUAAAGGGAGAAAGGGUGAGAUACAGAUGAAUGUGUGCCAGAACAGGGUGGGAACGAGCCGAUAUGGUGGACGCUCAGCGAGGAAGCACUCCAUGCCUCUUUUCAAGAUUAUUUGCUGGAGGUUUAUUGAUCUACAAGCCAUAUUUAUCACUGAUGCGUUUGAUGCAAGCGCUGGCAUUAUUUCGGUAUGCCUGUGCUGUCAAUUUAGUAUCAUUUUCAAUGCUCUGAUUUGGUUCACUAAAUAUUUCAUGCACAUAUGAUAGUUUUUCCACAGCAUAACCACUAAAAUAUUAACUAGGUUUUUUCGGUUACAUUAUCGCAGACUUUGAUUGUCAUUUGCUAAUAAUUCUUUGGAGAGCAAUUUUCAUAUUUAGUUGAUUUUUUUUCUAAAUUUCAGACAUCUGCCCUUCUGAAAGUGCACUUUGAGUUUGCUUGUAUAAAAAAAUGGUCCUGUGUGUACAUAACACCCAAACAGAAGAACAAUAGUAUGUUUUCAAGGUAGCCACACACUAGCAAUGCAUUAGUCUGAGAAAUAUGAUCACUAGUUCAGAUUUACUCAGUAGAUAGAAUUUUUUUAUCAUUGGUUCUGAUUAUUAAGGGAAGAUGUUUACAGUUUGAGUGCUGUUCAGUGAAUGUGCAGAUAAUUAUGACAUCAUGAAUCAUAGUCCGUACUUUUGUUCUGUAAAAUUCCACACCAACUUUUAGCUAGAAUUAAAAAAAUAAUAAUAAUUAAAAUCUAAUAAGCUCUUUUAUUGUAAAUAAAAUGCAAAAUUGUCAAAAUGUAUUUAAGAAACAGUUGUAUAUCAUGUAUAUAUUGGUAAAAAGGAACAGAUGGGGAAAUAAAGUAGCGUAACUAGACAUUAAACACUUUUUACCUUCAACUUACUGUUAUUGUCAUAGCAUGGUGUGAGAUCAUUUCCUCAAGCUGUUUUACACCGCAGAUAUGAAUAUCCCAACGCAGAACUAUUUCUAUUAAAUUAUUUUCAAAACAUAUUUCUUCACAGAGCUCAUGUUGUGUAUUUGUUUAAUGUCUGAUUUCCUGGGUUAGUCCUUAACUUUGUUCCUGUUGUAACAGUGCUGUUAUGUCUCAUUGUGUAUUUACAGUGAUUUAAACAGAUUAAAGAAUGUAUUUUGUAUUACAA